AGGCGGUGGGGGUGGGGGCCCGAGCGACCCAAGGAGCCACCCCCCCACCUCCCACCCCCCCAUUGCUGGGCAGCCUCAGGAGCCCUGGCUGCAGCCAGUUGGCAGUGGGCAAUGCCUCGGGAAGUGCAUGGACCCAGCUGGAAGAAGCAUGCAGAUGACAUUCGGGACAUUUAUGAAUUCCGGGAUGUCCUGGGCACAGGAGCGUUCUCUGAGGUGAUACUGGCUGAAGAGAAGACCACCCAGAAACUCGUGGCCAUCAAAUGCAUCGCCAAGAAAGCCUUGGAGGGCAAGGAGAGCAGCAUUGAGAAUGAGAUUGCCGUGCUUCAUAAGAUCAAACACCCCAACAUUGUGGCCUUGGAUGACAUCUAUGAGUGUGGCGGGCACCUCUACCUCAUCAUGCAGCUGGUGUCUGGGGGUGAGCUCUUUGACAGAAUUGUGGAGAAGGGCUUCUACACGGAACGGGAUGCCAGCCGACUGAUCUGCCAGGUGCUCGAUGCUGUCAAGUACCUCCAUGACAUGGGCAUUGUACAUAGAGAUCUCAAGCCAGAGAACUUGCUUUACUACAGCCUGGAGGAAGAUUCCAAGAUCAUGAUCUCGGACUUUGGGCUGUCCAAGAUGGAAGGCUCAGGCAGUGUGCUUUCCACAGCGUGUGGCACUCCAGGAUACGUAGCCCCUGAAGUCUUGGCCCAGAAACCUUAUAGCAAAGCUGUGGAUUGCUGGUCCAUUGGUGUUAUUGCCUACAUCCUACUCUGUGGUUACCCUCCUUUCUAUGACGAGAACGAUGCCAAACUCUUCGAACAGAUACUGAAGGCUGAGUACGAGUUUGAUUCUCCUUACUGGGACGACAUCUCUGACUCAGCCAAGGACUUUAUCCGACAUUUGAUGGAAAAAGAUCCUGAGAAAAGGUUCACCUGUGAACAAGCCCUGCAACACCCAUGGAUUGCUGGGGACACUGCAUUGGAUAAAAACAUCCACCAGUCUGUCAGUGAGCAGAUCAAGAAGAACUUUGCCAAGAGCAAAUGGAAGCAAGCCUUCAAUGCCACAGCAGUGGUACGGCACAUGAGGCGGCUUCAGCUUGGCACCAGUCAGGAUGGACCCGGACCUGGCCAAACCACCAGCCACGGGGAGCUGCUGGUCCCUGACACGGGCGGGGGUCCCCACGUUGGCUGCUGCAGGGACUGCUGUGCAGAGUGUUCCCUGGAGCUGCCGGCCACUCGUCCACCCCAGCUCUGAGCAGCCUUCACCACCGCUGCUGGGGACUGGCCAACUGGAGGGGGGAGGAGUAGUGGUGGUGGGCGAGUUCCUGGGCAAGGGGCUGGGGGGAACCUGCCAAAGAGAAGCCAUCAUGCCCCAGAGGAUGCUGCAGGGCAGUAGGGCUUAGAGUUGCCCAGUGUUUGGGAGGGGGUAAGCUACCCUCUGCUCUCCCCUCCCAUCAUGUCCCCAGGGAAGCCGCCUCCUCUUCUCCCUUCCCAUGGCUCUCCCUGAGUCCACUUCAGUCCAGGCCUCUCCUGAAGGGAAUGACUGGCCUCUUCUGUACCCCAUCUGCCCUGGCUUUGGAUCCUUUUCCUGAUCCCCUUUCGAGCACCUCACCCUGGUCAGCCUGACCUUUAGGAAGGGUAGGGAGCUGAGCAGGGAAGUUGUAGCAGGAGCCAGGGCCCUGAGAAGAGAGGAGAAAGGUGCUGGAGGUGGAAUCACUUGGCCUUCUUCCUCUCUCAGUGCUCCUUAUUUCUCCCCGUGCUCUGGUCAAGGUAUCCAACCAUUUUCCAAACAAAUAUUUCUAUUUUAUUGUUCAUUCUUUUAUUAAAGGGAAGAGGUUAAAACCA